AGUCUUGUUGUGGCGGUUUACCGGACCUACUGGACGGUAUAUGAAUGAUUCUGUCCGUUUUGAUCACAUUCGACUUCAGAAGAAGUUUCCUUUGGUCAUCUGAAGUGGCAUUGGAUUUACAUAUAUCGAACUAUCUCGUAAUGUUUGAAAAUGCAGUUUACGAGGAACGUUCCUUGGGUCGCUGAAAAAGUGAGUGAACUUUCUUUGGAGAUGGAAAUUCAAAUGCUAUUCUGAAAUUAAAAAUAUCAAUAAUCAUCCAUCCGUUGAGGCAUAUAUAUCUCACAAACUUAUCACGAGAUUUUGAAAACCGUUGAUUAUUUAUUACGAAGUACAGUACAGUACUUCGUACUUUGUACUUCGUGAAGGUAAUGCUUAGUGGAGCUACGGAACAUUAAAGUGGAGUAGUAAUUGCACAUCACUGCGAUCUGCUUGCGAGCAUUUUUUCCCUCAAUCGAACAUUCAGGUACACGGGGUAGAACUCCCAUCGGAACGACAACAGUCUAAGCUCACAUUUGAUAUUCCCUGUCAGGCACCAUCGAUUGCAUCCUAACUUACAACUAAUUGACAACAAAAAAUACCCGCGAUCCGAGUCCUUGAGUUGUCGUUGAUUCUUGUGCACUCAAGUUAAAAGAUUGCAAGAGCGAGGACUAGCGACAAAUUUUCGAACUCCGAACUGCUACUGCAUCAUCGACGAAGGGAAGUAAGAAGACAAUGAACGUAUCUCCAUCUAGUCAGGAAACUUCAAUUAAACCUUUCUCAGAAAGCCUAGGUUCGGGUGAAGUAUUGCAUCGCAUGCAAGGGAACCUGCCUUUCAGUAAUACGAAGCCUAGAUUGGACAUCGAUAUGAAGAUCGGGAAACCUGGAGGCGUUUCCAUCGAUGGCGUCACGACAAAAAUAGACGAAGAGGUCACCAAGAGUGAUCUUGUCCUUCCAUCAGAGGGUUUGAAACAGCUAGUGACUGUUGCGACUGCCGAAAAAGAGGCUCACGAUAGUUUCUAUGCUGAUUCGAACCCCAGAGGUGAUUCCAGAGAAGAUACGGGAAGAGGUUCAACUGGUGACGAGAAAAGAGAAACUGAAUGUCAAUUGAGUGGCACGGCUUCUGCCCAAAUGACUGAAGACAUCUCCACUGAAAUUGGUGCUGAUAAUGAUGAUGAUAAAGAGAUGAAAAACACAGAUGAGAAAGCAAGUAGUUAUGUCGAUGCGGCUGAAAAGAUUAUCGACGAACCCAAGACCGAGGAAGCUAAGUCAGAACAACCGAAGCUAGAAGAGGGAACAAAGGAUGAACUAAAGGAAGAACAGCCGAAAAAGAAACCUCGUAAAAGGUGGAAAAAACCAGCAGAUAAACCGCCUCGUCCAUUGUCUGCGUAUAAUCUCUUCUUCAAAAGGGAACGUAGUAUCAUGCUUGGUGAUGCUGCAGAAAAGGACGACCAAGAACAAGGAAAGAAACGCGUCCACAGAAAGACUCACGGGAAGAUCGGAUUCGCUGAGAUGGCUAGAAUCAUCGGUGCAAAAUGGAAGAAGCUUCCGGAUGAAGAUAAGGAAGAAUUCAUGGUUGUUGCUAAAGCGGAAAAAGAGAAAUACGCAGAACUUCUCGCCAAUUGGAGGGAAGAAAAGAAGAAGCAAAGCAUCGCCAAUAGUGUGGAAGCAGGAAAGAAAAGGAAGGACCUCGAUGAUGACACAGAUGAACUAAUAAAGACUAUUAACGAAGAUCGCGAGCAACUUUUGAAGAGGCAUAGUGCGUUUCGGAUGCAGAUGAAGAUGUACGAAGAAAUGGCACUCAGUCGUUUGGGCCGAGAAGGACGACCGAUGCCGUCACUAGACUACAUGCGAAAUAUGCCCGAUGAUCGACCAUAUUUCGGUGAAAGAGGCCAAUAUCCGAACGCUGCUGAAGAUUCGGGGAGGAAUAUUCUCCAACAUAUGCUAUCACUCUCAGGUCACGAGGGACCGGGACCAAUGUCUCGAAUGUCUGAUGGCCCUAUGGGUUCUUCAAUGGGCAACACGAUGGGGUCAAUGGGUAGCAACAUGAGGGGAUCAAUGGGCAGCUCUGGAAACCAAAUAAACAAACCGAUUGGAAACUCAAUGGGCAACCAGCACCAAACGGGGCACCCAAUGGGGCAUCCGAUGGGGCAUCCGAUGGGGCAUCCAAUGGGGCAUCCGAUGGGGCAUCCAAUGGGGCAUCCAAUGGGGCAUCCGAUGGGCGGCCACAGUAUGAACGGCCCAAUGAGUAACUCAAUGGGCAACAAUAUGAAUAACUCAGCACACAACAGUGGUAUGAAUAACCCGAUGGGCGGUGGCAUGGUUCCCAUGGGGAAUGGCGGUUCACAAAUGUCACCUUCAACGCAUCAGCCGCCAUAUGAAGUGGAGCGAUAUCACAAUAUGCGCAUGCAUGGUCCAAUGACAGGGAUGAACAGCCAUCAAAUGUCUCCCGGUCGCCAUUCGCCAACGCGGAACGGUGGCAUGCAUGGGCCACCUGAUAUGCCACCUAAUGACGGAUAUGGUCACGACAAUAUGAAUGGAGCGAUGAUGAGAAGAUACCAUGAACACAGUCGUUAUCAUCACAGUGGGAACAUGUAACAAUAUUGAUGGUAUCGGGCGCAUACUUCGGUUCGCCAUGGUAAAGAUUUUUUUCGGGGUUCCUUUGGAAGGAAGUGGCAUGUUAUCAUAUUGGAGUGAAUAUCAUCGCUAAAUGGGUAGCGGUAAACAAGUAGAAGUAGAUUGCAAUAUGUCAAAGUAUAGGCACUCAAAUAGAUUGCAAUCAUUAAA